AUGCGGCUGCUGCAGCCAACCCUGCUGCUGCUGCUGCUGGUCCUCACCUGGUGCUGCUCGCCAGAUAUUUCUGCUGCUGCGCGAAUCCCACUGCAGCAGCAGCAGCAGCAAUGGGGGGCCUCCACGGGCAUCAGUAGUCCAACUGCAGCAGCAAGAGGGAAAUGGGUGCAGCAAGCAUUCCUGCCGCCCCCAGCAGCAGCAGCAGCAGCAGCAGCAGCAGCAACGGCAGGAGCAGCAGCCAGAAGCCGUCUACCAAAGCGCUGUAGUUACUUCCUUGGACCCUCAUCAGCACGCUUAGCAACAGCAGCAACAGCAGCAACAGCAGCAACAGCAACUGCUGCUGCUGCUGCUUAUUCUGCUGCAGCAAAAGGCAGCCCAGGGAGGGCCUUUCACCACACGCAGCUAAAUGCAGGAAAUGGCUGCAGCGCACCAGCAGCAGCAGCUGCUGGGCCUGACGCAGAGCCACCAGCUGCAGCGGCAGCAGCAGCAGAAGCAGCAGCAGCAGGAGCAGCAGCAGAAGCAGCAGCGGCAGAAACCGCAGCAGCAGCGGCAGAAGCAGAGGCAGCAGAAGGAGCAGCACCAGGAACAGUAGCAGCAGAAGCAGCAGCACCAGAAGCGGCGGCAGCAGAAGCGGCAGCAGCAGCAGCAGCAGAAGCAGCAGCAGCGGAAGCAGCAGCAGCAGCAGCAGCAGCAGCAAAGAGGGCAGAAGAAGAAGCCAAGACAGCUUUUGUGUUGGACUCCUCUGUGUUCCGAGGCGCCAAUCCUUUUGCUGCUGAGCCGCUAGGGGACCAGGACAUCAUGCGCGGCUACGACAGGUGA